AUGCCCCCAUCGCAAGCGAAGCUGCAGGAGUAUCGUAACGUUGUGAGGGAGCACAACAAAAUAGACGCCGACCUGAAGGCUAUACGGGCCAAGGAAAAGGAGAUAACGCAGACCCUUGAGGACAGCAACGAGCUGCUGUUGAGUCUGCAUGCAUACGGUGAACAGCUGGCCACUGUCAUCCAGGUUAUCGACGCAGAUAACAUCUUAAUUAGGCUCCUCUCUGGGCCCCGCUAUUUGGUCAACAGGCGGUCUGGAAUUAAUCCUCGCUACAUUAAGUCAGGGACCCGUGUCUCUGUGUCUCUCUCAACCUACUCCAUAAUGCACAUCCUCCCACCUCAGAUGGACGAGUCUAUCUAUUCCAUGUCGGACGCAGGGACAACCGGUGUGUCACCAGAGGAUGCAGUUACCUAUGCUGACAUCGGCGGUUUACACGAUGAAAUUAAACUGAUUAAGGAGAGCAUAGAGCUGCCACUCCGCAACCCAGACAUCUUUAAACGCGUAGGCAUUAAGCCCCCCAAGUCCAUUCUCCUCUAUGGAGCCCCGGGAACUGGCAAAAGCCUUAUCUGUAAGUGCCUAGCCAACUCCUUGGGAAUUUCUUACAUCAAGUGUGUCGGCUCACAGCUUAUUAGAAAGUACAUCGGAGAGUCUGCGAGAUUGGUGAGAGACCUUUUUGCAUAUGCCAAACUCAAGAAACCAUGCCUUCUAAUGAUUGACGAAGUUGACGCCAUUGCGACCAAGCGCUCAGAUGACGGAACUCAUAACGACCGUGAGGUCGACCGCGCACUCCUCCAGCUCCUGACUGAGAUAGAUGGGUUCACGGGCCUAGAUGAGAGCAUAAAAAUAGUCUUUUGCACUAACAGGCCAGAGGCUCUCGACCCCGCGCUAAUGCGCCCUGGAAGAUGCGACGUGAAAAUAGAAAUAAGACUUCCAGAUCCCACAGGCCGAUACGAAAUACUCAAGAUCCACAGCAAGGGGCUUUCUCUUGGGGAGGACGUGGACUUCGCUGGGAUCGUAAAGUCGACGGAUGGGUUUAACGGUGCAGAUCUGCGAAAUGUGAUAACAGAGGCAGGGCUCGGUGCUCUCAGGGCAGAGCGGGGCGAGAUACAUCAAGAGGAUCUGCUUGCAGCUGUGGCAGUCAUACGCAGUAAUAAGUCUAUAGAAUCCGAGACACAUUCUUACACCCUGAAGGGUCACAAUAGUAAAUAA